AAGUUAUAGUGCGAAUUCCUUUCGAAGUGCUCAAUAUCAUAACCCUCUUAUGAUAAAACUAAAAUGUUGUGUGAUUUGCAGGAGAGACGAUAAAUGAGUCAACGCGUGAGUGACGAGAGUGUGAGAAAGGACAUGGAGGAAAUAAGAAAUGGGGCAUCUUCACGUAAGCAUGGAGAUACUUUGUCACACAUUCACAGAGUGGAAUCUCCUCCUAAGCAGACACUUUUCAAAGAGAUCAAAGAUUCUGUGGUUGAGACUUUCUUCCCAGACAAACCCUUACACAAAUUUAAACACCAGACCUUCUUUAGAGUCUUUGGAUUAGCCCUGCAAUCUUUCUUCCCCAUUUUCAAAUGGGGCAGAGACUACAAUCUUAAAAACUUCAGAGGUGAUUUCAUUUCUGGACUCACCAUUGCAAGUCUUUGCAUCCCUCAAGACAUUGCAUACGCAAAACUUGCAAAUUUGGAUCCCCAAUAUGCACUGUACACUAGUUUUGUUACCCCUCUUGUGUAUGCUUUCAUGGGAAGCUCAAGAGAUAUUGCCAUUGGACCCGUAGCUGUUGUGUCCCUCUUGCUUGGGACUACACUGUCCGAUGAAAUCAGCGACUUCAAAAGUCAUGAAUACCUGCGCCUUGCAUUUACUGCCACCUUCUUCGCAGGAGUCGUUCAAAUGGCACUUGGUGUUCUCAGACUUGGUUUCUUGAUUGACUUUGUGUCACAUGCUGCCGUUGUGGGAUUCAUGACUGGAUCUGCCAUUACAAUUGCACUGCAACAGCUUAAGGGUUUGCUUGGCAUAGAAAACUUCACUAAGAAAACUGAUAUUGUUUCUGUCAUGCGCUCGGUUUUCAGUUCAGCACACCAUGGGUGGAAUUGGGAGACAAUAGUCAUUGGAUUAUCAUUCUUGGUUUUCCUUCUUCUAGCCAAGUAUAUUGGGAAAAAGAAUAAGAAGCUCUUUUGGGUGGCUGCAAUUUCCCCUAUGAUAUCUGUCAUAGUGUCUACCUUUUCUGUCUACAUAACCAGAGCAGACAAGAAAGGCGUGGAAAUUAUUAAACAUGUCAAGAAGGGUGUGAAUUCAUCAUCUGCUGGAGAGAUUUUUUUUAGUGGAAAAUAUCUAGGUCCUGGUAUUCGUGUUGGUGUAAUAGCUGGUAUGGUAGCACUCACGGAAGCUGUAGCGGUUGGGAGAACAUUUGCUGCCAUGAAAGACUACCCACUUGAUGGCAACCAAGAAAUGAUGGCAAUGGGAGCAAUGAACAUCGUUGGUUCUUUAACAUCUUGUUAUGUGUCUACAGGCGGUUUUUCUCGAACAGCAGUGAACAACAUGGCCGGUUGUAAAACUGCAGUAUCGAACAUCGUUAUGUCCAUGGUUGUGUUAUUGACUCUGCUACUUAUUACGCCGCUAUUCGAGUACACUCCAAAUGCGGUGCUUGCUUCUAUUAUAAUAGCCGCGGUGCUUGGCCUUGUGAACAUUGAAGCUAUUACUCUUUUAUGGAAGAUAGACAAGUUCGAUUUUGUUGCUUGCAUGGGAGCCCUCUUUGGUGUGGUGUUCAUAAAUGUUGAGAUUGGCCUUCUAAUUGCGGUGGCUAUAUCAUUUUCUAAAAUCCUUUUACAAGUGACAAGACCAAGGACAGCAAUAUUAGGGAAGCUUCCAGGAACUACUGCUUAUAGGAACGUCUGGCAAUAUCCCAAAGCAACCCAAAUUGAUGGCAUGCUGAUUGUCAGGGUGGACUCUGCAAUCUACUUCUCAAACUCCAACUAUAUCAAGGAGAGAAUUUUGAGAUGGCUGAGUGAUGAAGAAACCCAAAGGAUAACAAGUGGAUUGUCCAGAAUAGAGUAUCUCACUGUUGAGAUGUCACCUGUUACUGAUAUUGACACAAGUGGCAUUCUUGCUUUUGGAGAGUUAUACAAGAGUCUUCAGAAAAGAAAAGUGCAGCUUAUCAUGGCAAACCCAGGACCAAUUGUGAUAGAGAAACUCCGUGCAUCUAAGUUAACAGAUGUCAUUGGAGAAAAUAACAUAUUUCCAACAGUGGCUGAUGUUGUUUCAACUUUUGGUGCAAAUGGUGAAGGAGUAUUAUGAAGAAAUUAAAUAACUAUAACUAUUCAGCCGUUGAAGUCCAAAGGGUGGGAAUUAAAUGUUCAAAGUGCUCAUUAGAAAGUUUCUGAGCAGGGAGUUAUGCAGAUGUGUCUUCCAUAGCUCUGCUUGGUUAUCUUCUACUAUUUCAUGUUUUAUAUGCUGAUGUAUGAAAGGAAAAGGAAAUAUAAAAUGUGUUCUGUGUCUAUAUCUUAAUUUGUUGUGG